UCAUACGGCAUCACUCACACCAUUCCCGUCGUUUGAGCCUGCUGCACUGUCAAAUAGUCCGAGUGCGACUAUUACUGCCAGUCCUUCCGCGACUGUGACCGCGAGUCCGAGUGCAACUGUAACAGGCAGUCCUAGCGCCACUGUGACUUUAAGUCCUUCUGCUACUUUAACGGCGACUCCGAGUGCAACCGUAACCGCUAGUCCCAGUGCGACGUUGACUGCCAGUCCCUCUGCCACGGUCACGGAGACUCCGAGUGCAACAGUAACCGCUAGUCCUAGUGCGACAGUGACAACCAGCCCUAGUGCUACACUCACUGCGUCACCAAGUGCUACGGUGACCGCCAGUCCUUCUGCCACUGUAACGGCGAGUCCGAGUGCAACCCUAACCGCUACUCCCAGUGCGACGGUGAGUGCCAGCCCCAGUGCAACUGUUACUGCCAGUCCUAGCGCAACCGUGACAGCCAGUCCUAGUGCGACUGUAACGGCGAGUCCAAGUGCUACCGUCACUGCCAGCCCUAGCGCAACUGUGACUGCUAGCCCUAGUGCGACCGUGACCGCAAGUCCUAGUACAUCUAUGUUUAUUCCGGCCUUCAUCAAUGGUACA